GUUUUCACGUCUCUCUGGCUACCUGACUGCCCUUGGACUUGCUGUGCAAUAAAGGAUGACCUUGAAUUUCUGAUCUUCCUACUCUCCUGGGCACUGAGAACACGGGGCCAUGAUACCUACCAGACUUGUCUUGGCGAGGUCCACCGCUGUGUCUGGUGUUUCAGAGUGGGCUGCAUCGACAUGGGCUUCCCUCAAGCCCAGCCAGCUCCAUGCUCUGCAGGCAUCAUCUCGACUGCUCUCUUUGGGCAUUAAAGACCACGCCAAGCACCGGGAGGCCCCUGGAAAGAAGCUGCUGUCAGAGAAAAAACUGAAAAGACAUUUUGUGGAUCACCGGAGAGUGCUGGUCCGUGGAGGAAACGGAGGCUCCGGCAUAAGCUGUUUCCACAGUGAGCCCCGCAAGGAGUUCGGAGGCCCUGAUGGCGGGGAUGGCGGAAAUGGUGGCCAUAUCAUCCUGAGAGUUGACCGGCAGGUGAAGUCCUUGUCCUCAGUCUUGUCCCGGUACCAGGGUUUCAGUGGAGAAGAUGGUGGCAGUAAAAACUGCUCUGGACGAGGUGGUGCCAUCCUCUACAUCCAGGUUCCUGUGGGUACCUUGGUGAAAGAGGGAGGUGAGGUUGUGGCUGACCUGUCUCACCCAGGGGACGAGUACGUCGCUGCACUGGGGGGUGCAGGAGGAAAAGGAAAUCGCUUUUUUCUGACCAAUGACAACCGUGCCCCUGUAACUUGUACUCCUGGACAACCGGGUCAGGAGCGGGUCCUCUACCUGGAGCUCAAGACAGUGGCGCAUGCUGGGAUGGUUGGCUUCCCCAAUGCUGGGAAAUCGUCUCUCCUUCGAGCCAUUUCAAAUGCAAAGCCUGCUGUGGCUUCCUACCCGUUCACCACCUUGAAUCCUCAUGUGGGGAUCGUUCACUAUGAAGGCCACCAACAGGUAGCAGUGGCAGACAUCCCGGGCAUCAUCCGAGGCGCACACCAGAACAAGGGCUUGGGGCUCAGCUUCCUCAGGCAUAUUGAGCGAUGUCGCUUCUUCCUGUUUGUGGUAGAUCUUUCCUUACCUGAGCCAUGGACUCAGGUUGAUGAUUUAAAAUAUGAACUCGAGAAGUACGAAGAAGGCCUUUCUGAGAGGUCCCAUGUGAUCGUCGCAAAUAAGAUUGAUAUCCCGCAGGCCAGAGCCCACCUGCCCCAGCUCCAGGCCCACCUCGGGCAGGAGGUCAUCGCCUUGUCAGCGCUGACUGGAGAGAACCUAGAGCAGCUGCUUCUACACCUCAAGGCACUGCACGAUGCCCACAUGGAGGCUGAGUUGGAGCAGGGCCGCCAACCUCUCAGGUGGUAGUGGGCCCAGGGCUGCAUGCCCCUGGGCCAGCAUGGGGCAGGAGUGGCCAGCAGUCACAAGAAGCAAACGCAAGCGUGUUAUAAAAUGUGGGCAGCUUUUAGCACCUGAGAGAAAGUACUUGCAAAUA